AUGGAACCAUUCCAAAUUGUUGUUAAAGAUCUUCCACCUGGAAUGGAUGCUACAUUUGUGGCCAACUUCCUAGGCAGUGCAGGUCCUGUUUUAGAAGUUAAUGUCAAUAAUUUAGAAGCGGUUGUAACGUUUGCUUCAAAAGAAGCAGCAGAAAACGCGAUGAAACAGUUUAAUUACUACAAAUUUAACGGAAAUCCGAUCAGAAUGAUUAAAAACGAUCCAGAAACACAAAAUAUAAUUCAACAACAGAAAGGCAUCAUUAUAAUUCAUGGUGUAGACCAAGAUGUUGAUAUCUCAGAAGUCUACCAAUUCUUUUCCCAAGUCGGAGAAAUUGUUUCAAUUCAAAUGAUGCCAACAGACUGGGGAUCUUUUACUUUCGUAAUACUUCAAUACAGAAAUCCAGCAGAUUCUGAAGUUGCUCGUAGCAAAUUGAACGGAUAUCUAGUCAAUGGAAAACCAAUUUCCAUUGAAGUCUUUAAUGCUCAAGCUAAGACUAUAGGUGACAUACAGAUAGUUACACCAUCUAAACCCGUUGUUCAAAAUACAACUAAAAACAUAAAAAUCGAUAAAACGGCAGAAGAAAAGAAAUCUCAGCAAAAUUCUUCAGAUUCUACGCAAUCGGUCGAUCAACAGCAAGAACAGAUAGAUCUCGCCGCUUUAGCAGGUCAAAUGCCUUUACCUUCUCCUGCAUUACAAGAUAUUAAGAAACAAAUCGAUCAAGAAAACCAGCAACAGCAUGAAAAAGCUGUCAAAGCAUUACAAGCUCGCCAAAAGGUCGAACAGCCAAACUUCCAAUACGAAAAUAUACCAAAUCAGGAGCAAAUGAUGCCAAUGGGUCAAUAUCCACCUUACGACUAUAUGUAUUAUGGAUACCAGCAGCCAAUGAAUCCCUAUUAUCCACAACCGGGCAUGUUUAAUCAAUACGAAAUGCAAGGAUAUCCACAACAGAUGCCAUAUCCAGGAUUUACCGGCCAAUCACCACCUAAUCAACCAUUCCAAGGAUUUACAGGCCAAUCUCCCCCAACCCAGCAAUUUAUGGGUCAAUAUCUUCCAGGAUAUAACGGACAACAGCCUUCAGAGCCUUACCCACCAGAAGAGAAGCCUAAACCACAGAAGGAGGAACCAAAGAUGCCAUCUCUGUAUCCAACAAUGCCUCUUACAGAAGAAACUGGAAUUUUAAUCCGAAAUCUUCCAAAAGAGUACCAGGAUACCGAAUCUUUCAACAAAUUAAUAGCAGAACUUGGCCAAUUCACAGGUUGCUCCAUUCUUGAAGACGGCGAAUACAUUUUUGGCAUUGCAAAUUUUGUUGAUGGCUCAACAGCUCAAACAGCCAUCAGUAUUCUUUCACAGCAAUACCAUCUUGAAGCCGGUCUCUCGAAGAUGGCUUCCGAGUUCAUUGCCAAACAAGGGCCGUCGAGAAGAAGGACUUUGUUUGUUGGCGGAUUAGUUACAGAUGUUACUGAAAAAGAUUUACUCAAUUUCUUCAAACAAUUCGGUACAGUUGAGUCGUGCGGUAUCAAGAAAGAUAAAGAUACAGGAUUGUCUAAAGGAAUGGGCUUUGUCUGCUUUAAAUCUAUAAAAUCGGCUGAAAAAUGCAAGAAAUCGUCAGGAAAAUUGGAUUUAAAGGGAAAAUGUCCAUUCUUUACAUACUUCAGAGGUCCGGCACCUAAUCCAUCGUCGAUCCAGGAAAUGGAAGAGAUCAACAAAGAUACAAAUCACGAUGAGAAUAAGAUGCCAACUCCAGAUUCACUUGACUCAAAAUUCAUUCCAAAUAUGACAAACAUUGAUGAAUUUGGAAUGGAAGGAAAGUAA